UGGAACCUGGGCCAUCCAACUGUGAAUGAACGGCAAAUCUCCCGUUUCCCUUGAAAAAGCAGAGGCCGCGGUCGGCCUUCGGUCUUCCUCUUCUCCGGUUCUCCCCGAAGCCCGUCUGCCUUUUCAGUUCGCGAUCGAGGAAAGAGUCUCGCGGGGGUUCAAGGAGCUAGGGUUCGAGGAUCAUCGGAAGAGGAGCGGGGAGGAGGGGAAGAUGAUCGAGGUGGUGCUGAACGACCGCCUGGGGAAGAAGGUGCGGGUCAAGUGCAACGAGGACGACACCAUCGGCGACCUCAAGAAGCUGGUGGCGGCGCAGACGGGGACGCGCCCCGAGAAGAUCCGCAUCCAGAAGUGGUACAACAUCUACAAGGACCACAUCACCCUCAAGGACUACGAGAUCCACGACGGCAUGGGCCUCGAGCUCUACUACAACUAGCUGCCCUGACUCCACAUGUCCCUCUUAUCAGGUUAACCUGAAUUCUGAAGUCAUGGGUGCAAUUCCUAAGCUCACAUGCAUAUAAGCAACCUCAGUGAGCUAUGUAAGACAUGGUUGUGCCAAACUAUCAGUGACUGUUGACAGCUUCGCAUAUAUUGUUGUGUGAUCAACCUGCAAACUUGGUGUGCUGCUACUCGUCCUAUAAAUUUUGGUGCUUAAAUUUGGUUGCAGUAAUCGCCAUCUUUGUCA